CGGACGCGCGCUGAGAACAGACGCGCGCUAUCUAAAAAGGACGGUGGUAUUGUUUCUUGUUGAAUUAGUUAACUGUUUUUAUCGUAAAUUACGUAUCAAAACUACGAUUUACACUUUAAUUGAAUCUACUUCAGUUAAAGUGAUAUUCUAUUGAGUUUUUUGGCUUUUGUGUAUUCAUUAGAUUCGAAAGCAUUCUUGGUCUGUAUCAAAGUACUUUAGUUCAGGUUCAAAAUCUUGCUAAAGUUUGUCUUGUGGUAACCUUUUAUUCGUUGACUGACAUUUGUGUUCAUACUGUGAUCAUAUUGUGUGUUACACUUUGAUCUGACUAAAAUGGUUGGUAGUACUCACAAAUGUGGACAACCAAACUGUUUGUUCCCUGUGGAGGAGGGAAUGCAGUGUGGCCAAUACAAUAAGUGGUUCCACAAAUUGUGCACCCUCUUAAGUCCCACCGCAUACAAAAGAUGUUCGAAGCCUAACUCACAUUGGCUUUGCAUGUUUUGCUGUGCCAACAAGGUAUUACUAAUACAGGAGACUAUGAGCCUAUUGGCUUUGGCCUGUAAGAAGAACGAUGGCAUAUGUGCUGACAACACGGGCACUGACAGUGACGAAUGUGUCAGUGUAGUACUCGCUGUUACGCGACGCCUCAAACAACCGACUCUGACCGACGUAAAAGUGAAAUCUCCGUUGACAUUAACAGGGGGAGUAGUACCACCUGGUACUGACAUUGUUAAUAAUGCACCUUUAGUGGGAACCGAAGAUCAGGAUAAAACAGUCACCGUUCCAAAUAGUCCCAGUGUUAUGAGGGAUGAGAAGUGGACUACGGUACGUAGGGAACGAAACGAAACGAAAAAAGCUGUAAACAGUACACUGGUAGUUAGUAACUCACUGGUAGACUCAAAUUGUGAGCUACAAAUUGCACUACCAAGAUCUGAUAGUAAGAGUGAAACCCAUUCUGGCGUGACUGAGAAGAAAAAUUUAAUAACAUCGAAUAUUAUUGUGAGCAAAUUGCGGGACCCCAAGCUGCCAACUUUGGGGAAAAUUUGGUCCAUUUUGGGGAAGCCGCUAUAGUAAAUUUGGGAGAGAUGAGACGAAAACUACCCCAGGCGCUGGAUAAGCUUCUCCAACGACCCUUGUCCGAGAAUUUGAUACGCGCAUAACUUAGAAGACCUAGGAGAACACAUUCGUAGUAUUUUACCAGAUAACUCCAAAGGAGUUCAGGUCGAAAAAUUGGUCAGAAUAGGCAAGAGGACCGAGAACAACGUUGAACCCCGUCCAUGCAGACUCCUUAAGGUAAUCCUAGGAUCGAAGAAUCAACGGGAUCUCUUGUUAAGUAGCGCUCCUUUUCACGACAAUUCUGACAUCCGAGUUAGACCUGACAUGUCUCUCGAAGAUAGAAUAAAAAAGAAGAAAGCACUAGCUGAACUUGAAACCCGUCGGCAAAACGGCGAGGAAAAUCUCCGGCUAGUGGGUUUUCGGAUUGUCGGGUCUUGGAAGCGAAUGCUACCAAGGCCUGUGUGGAUAGGCUGUUCUACUUAGGAGUUUUAUAUGCCAACGCUCGUAGUCUACGAAAUAAGUUCUAUGAACUAGAAGCACUAGUGGACAGGUUAAAGCCACUUAUAGUAGCAGUGACAGGAACUUGAUUAGUCCAUGGCUUAGACAUUACUCCAGAAUUAUCCGGAUACCAUUACAUCAGUAGUGAUAGACAUAGAUGUAGAAAAGGAGGCGGCGUCCUGUUAUAUGUAGCUAAUAGCAUAAAUAUCCGCUUCUCUACUAGCAAAUCCCAUGAUAGCGGUACUUGUGAAGUCAUUAGCUGUAAGUUGGCUAUAGGAUGUAGUACAUUUAUGCUAGGUGUCAUCUAUCGCAGCCCAAUCUGCUUAGCUGAUGACUUUAUUUUAGAGUACAUUCAUCUUUGAAGUGAAAAUACCAGAUGCUUGAUAAUAGGAGACUAACGCACCUGAUAUUAGUUGGACUGAUAUGACCACAGAAGGAUCUAUAAACUCCUUUAAUAGUAGGUUCCUGAGAACAAUAAUGGAGCAUGCACUAGUGCAGCAUGUAUCCCAACCCACACGUUUUGGUGUUAACCAGGGUUCUUCUCUGCUGGAUUUGGUAAUCACUCAUGAGACUGAGGAUAUUGUCGACUUUAAUAUUCUCCCACCGUUAGUGAACAGCGAUCACGCUGUUUUGGUUAGGGAUUCUAGAUAUAGUCCGAAACGGUUAUUCUCGUAUAUAAAAAGGCGAACUAAGAAAAGCGAUGGAAUUCCAUCACUUUUGAUACGAGAUAAUCCGUUAAUCUUAGCAGAGGAUGAUGCCGAAAGAGCUGAAGCUUUAUCGGAAUAUUUUAGUAAAGUGUUUUCUAUCGGUAAUGAGGAACGACCAAUGAUUCAUCGUGACCGUGACGGCUCGCUGAUGGAUCCUGUAGUCAUUGAGAAAGAUACUGUUUUAAGGCUACUUCAGCAUCUCAAACCUGAUAAGUCCAGUGGUCCUGAUGAUAUUCAUCCUAGGAUUAUAAAAGCCAUAUCAGAUGAAAUUGCUGAACCAUUAGCCAUACUAUUCGACAUGUCUCUGAGACAGUCCAGACAUCCUAGAGACUGGAAAGAUGCUAUAAUAAGUCCGGUGUAUAAGGCUGGGAGUAGGGAUUUAGUUAGUAACUAUAGACCCGUUAGCUUAACUAGUGCAGUUGUGAAACUGAUGGAAAAAAUCAUUCGGAUAGCUGUUAUAAACUAUGUUGACGGGCAAAAUCUUUUCUCCAGGGCACAACAUGGUUUUCGGAAAGGCCUAUCUUGCUUGACAAAUCUUGUCAUUGCACGAGAAGAUUGGGCUGCUGCAAAGGAUCGGAAUGCUCCUGUAGAUGUGAUUUUCAUAGAUCUAAGUAAAGCCUUUGAUAAGGUUUCCCAUUCUGGUCUUAAAUCCAAACUGAAACGAUUUGGAAUCCAUUAUACAGUCUUAGAUUGGAUAAGUAACUUUCUCCAUGACAGGAGACAAAAGGUAAGGGUUAAUGGGGCUCUCUCGUGGGUACCUGUAAAAAGUGGGGUUCCCCAAGGUACAAUCCUAGGUCCUCUUCUCUUUUUACUUUAUGUAAAUGAAUUGCCAACUGUAGCAAAAUCAUCCGUUCUACUCUUCACUGAUGACAUAAAGAUUUGGAGACCCAUACAUAGUAUGUCGGAUAGAAUAGUAUUACAGGACAAUCUUAGCUCAUUGGUGGCAUGGUUAGACAGGUGGUCACUAGAAGUAAAUCCUAAUAAGAGUGUAGUGAUGCAGUUAAAUAACUCUGAUGAAUCGUAUGACUAUACACUACGUGGAUUUGUGCUACCCAAAGCAAGAAACUAUAAAGAUUUAGUAGUCAUAUUAAGCAAUGAUCUCAAAACGAAUAGUCACUGUAAGGCUGCUGCUGCAAAAGGCUAUAGGGUAUUAUGGUCAUUCGUAGGUCUUUCCAGUAUUUAGAUGAUGAAAUGUUUAGAUUACUAUACCCGAUUUAUGUGCGACCACAUUUAGAAUACGGGAUUCAAGCAGCGUGUCCUUGUUUCAAGUAUGAAGCAGAUAUGCUAGAAAGAGUCCAACGACGAGCUUCUAAGAUGGUACAAGGUCUAUCUGGCCUAUCUUAUGAAGACAGACUGAGACACCUUAACUUAUUUCCGUUAUCUUACCGUAGAAUACGGGGUGAUCUAAUAUUGGCCUAUCGUAUACUGAACGAUGACCUUGGUAUUAACAUGUCUUAUCUUUUGCUUCCGUCUAGAACCGAUCAUUUGAGAGGACAUUCAAAGAAAGUUCAAAAACCGAGAUCAAACCGUUUACGUCUGGAGUUCCGUUCCUCGCACCGAGUAGUGAAUUACUGGAAUUCUCUACCGGAACACGUUAUAUCAGCACCGUCCGUUAAUAUAUUCAAAACGAAGUUGGACCUCCACAGUAUUACAAACUGCAAGGAUUAAUAUAGGUCGAUAGACCUCCUAUCCUUAUUACUGAAGACUGAUUCUGUCUUUUGAUAUCUCUUGGUGGGUACGAAUUAUAUUAGGUGUUGCUGGUAAAAGCGUUGUCAAACACUGAAUACCUGUGCCAUCUUCACUAUCUUUAUAAAUAUAUUUGUUAUCAAGGCCUGUCGUAAAUAUAAUAAUUUGUGUAGUAAGUAUGCCUGUUGGUUAGUGCUUUGGCCUCGUUCACCAGGAAGUUAUUACGAAUGUUCAUAAAUGUAUAAUUUCUAACGCUAUGGCAUUGAUUUUUAGAAUCAAUCAGGACAGUACAUGUUGGUUCAUGACAUGGAGUUAUCUCUAGCAAAUGGCUGCUGAACAACGGACUUAUCGUGAUGAUGUGAUUGUAACCGAUAUUCUUGAUAGUAUCGGUUACAAUAGUCGCUUUUCUUUGAGAAAACGCACAGUACUGCAUCAUUGUGCCAACGGACUGAAAGUACCACUCACCGAAGUGCUCGGUUAUAAAAGAACAAUUACACAUGAGGAUGAUACGCUGCCGUGUGGAACAGAGAAGCCUAAGAGGGUUGUCAAACGCCCAAUGUGGAACUACUGGUGCACCUCUGAAGACAUAUAGGUUGCUGAAAUGGAAACUAUGCGUCCAAGUCGACUUUCUAGUUGUCAACAAUUUGACUGAGAACUUUUCACCUAUAGCUAAUUCAUCGAAAAUAGAAGUGUUCUCACCACCACUCCGAUCUACUUCAACGGCAGUUAAUAAACCGUUGCACAUUUAUGACACCAAAAUGAUUCUGAAAGCAAUCAGUGAUCUGUCUGGUAAGGUAGACAAACUGACUGCUUACAUCAGAAAGCUAAUCCAUGGGUGUAAAGGACAGGAACAGCGACAGCAUAGACAAUUAAAGUUCCGCAUUACCAUUGAAAACACCUGAGGAAUUGCGUACUCUCGAAGCUGCUUUAGAGGACCACAAGUCCCUUGACCAGCUUGUGAAAGCUAUUUAUAAAAUUUCAGCUGACCACAUUGUCCAAGAUCGUAGACAAUGAUCUUUGGAAGUCAACCAAAGCGUAUCUAGCUUACAUGUUGACUCCUGAACUGGCAAUUACUUAUGCUUACGUGGGACUAAAAGAAAAAUAGGUAUCAGUAAUCACGUUUCACAGGACGAUUCAAAAUGUUCUGUGUUCACGGUUCCAAAGUGCAACCUGUUGAGAGGAAAAAAUAACACAAGCCAUGGAUGCUGUGAGCCAGGCCUUCGUACAUGGCGCAAGAGGUAAGGUUAACAAACGUAGAUGACGAUCCAAAGAAAGGAUGGGCAAAAUGCACUUUCGAUUUGUAGUCAAGUCUCUGUUUCUGAUUUUAUAUUAGUUUCUGCUGAACAUACUGAAAUAAUUAUUUCCUGUCUAACUCAUUUUCAACUGGCUCUGCAAGUACCAAGGGACCUCAGUGUACAUUUUUAAUUCAGCAAACGUAAUCAGCGCUCCACAUGGCAUUAUGAAUUCAUAAUUUAGAUGGUCACUAUGACAUAGGGUAUUCGUUUGUCUACUAUUAACUAUUUGGCUGUUUUGAUACUCCGUUUGUAAUGCAGAAGAGAACUUUUUUGUACAACACAGUUCAGCACCAACCUGAUGUACCAAACGGAGACGCAGUAUCAACUAUUAAGAGGUCGAAGACACUUGAGGACAGACAAUUCAUUUGUACUUUUUUCAAAAUUCAAUAAACAAGAUCAUUUAUAA